CCGCAAGACAAGGGGAUCAACAAAACGCGUCCAAUUUAGAUUUCUUUAUUUUUUAAUCCCCCAGCUUAAGCGUGGGGUGGGGUGCUUGUAUUCCCGUUCUUCUCCUCUCUUGCUUUUGUCUGUUUGCUUUAUUUUUCUGCAUUUUCCAAUGACAAGCCCAAAUGCGCUGGACGAUUGCUCGCACACAACACCGGUAACAGCCCGCACAAGGGCAGCAGCGGCGGUGCGCGGGUCGUCGGCCAAACGGGUGUACUUUUCGCCACAAACACAAGAGUUCACAACCGGCAUGACCCCUCAAUCCUCGCCAACGCGGGCUCGCAGUCGGCCCACGCCUCGCAGCAUUUUGAAACGCAACGCGCGAUCGCUAGACACAAUACCACCGCAGCUCAGCAGCGACAACAUGCAGCAGUCCAGCGUGCAGUCGGCGUGGCCGCUGUUGUCGCCCAGCAGGCAGGACGAGGCGGCACGGGUUCUGUUUGGAAACGGCAAUAAGGAAUCAGAGGAGGACAUGCCGUUUGAGCAGCUGUUUCCGCGGGAUGUGGACAGGUUGUCAGCAACAACGGUCAAGGAGGACAGCCAGGCUGUUGCUGUUGCCUGUGGCUUAUACAAUGAGCUGGCAGGACUGGCGGCAAAGCAUACACCGCAACUGUCCCAGCUGAAGACAAAAACUGUGGAGCUCCUGGAUUGCCUCCACCGCGAUCUCUCUGCAGACCACCUGCCAAAGCAGCUGAUUGUGCCGAUUCUCAAAUGCCUUGGGAUGCCUGCUCUACACCGAGCCCUAUAUGCGUACUACUGCCUACGCAACGCCUUGCUGACACGCUCACUACCGUGUGUGAGCAGACAGAGCGACAUUUAGGCGAUAAGGCAAUAUGCAGGACCGCGAGCUGGUGCUUUGGCAUUAUGCGCCCACCGCUGCUGAUCCUACAACCACUGCUGCCGAGGAUCGUGCGGAUCUGCAGCCGGAUCAUGGCGCAACACGAGACAUCCACAUCAAUUGCAUAUGAGUGCCUGACAGCUAUCGAUGCGCUGGUGCGCCGGUUUGCCUG